CCCUAGCUUCCUAAUCGGCCAUGGGAGCGGUGGGUUUAGAAAGAGCAGCCACGGCUUCCCAAGCUUCUCCACGAAACCCUAAAAAGAAGCCUAAACAGCCCAAUUCCAAGACCAGCAAGAAGAGAAAGCACGCUGUGACCACCAAUCACGAGACCCAAAUUGGUCCCAAUGACGUUGGAAGCAACGCACCGGAGGCUCUUCCGGUGGAGCCCCUCAGUUUUUUUCUCGACGAGUUCCAGACGGCCAAUGAUGUUCACGUUUCUUCGCUUGAGUUUGAAUCCAUGAAAGAUACAUGCAUUCUGGGUCCCCCUCAAAGUUCAGUUCAGGAUGAUAAAACCUUGAUGAAGUAUAUCAAGGAAGCUUUUGGGUCAUCGUGGAAAGAGGUUCUUUGUAAAAGGGAACUCUUGCAUGGAAAGGCUGAACCGGGCAGUCCAGCCGUUCUUAUAAUCAGCACAUCCGCAUUGAGGUCGAUUGAACUUUUAAAGAGUUUACGAUCUUUAACUCAAGAAUGCCAUGCGGUAAAGCUGUUUUCAAAACACAUGAAGGUUGAGGAACAGGUAGAGUUGUUGAAGAACCAUGUUAACAUUGCGAGUGGUACACCGAGCAGGAUUAAAAAGUUGAUUGAUAUCGAGGCCUUGGGCCUUUCAAGAUUAGCAGUUAUCGUGCUUGACAUUAAACCCGAUGUUAAGGGCUAUUCUUUAUUUUCACUUCCACAAGUCAGAGAUGAAUUCUGGGAUUUGUACAAGAGCUACUUGCACCCACGAGUGGUCGAGAGCAAGCUGCGAAUCUGCCUCUUCGGACCUUUACAACCUACUCGGAAACAAAGGAAAAAGGAAGUUACUUCUGCAGUCAAGUAAAGCAGUAACGAAGUCGAAGUUUUUAAAUCCAUCUUUUGCUGUUGUAUAUGGUAACCCUCAAAAUUUCAACUCUAGAUCAUUUUUGCUUGCCCCCCACCCCAUUCCAAUGUGUUCCUACGCUGACCCUCACAUUUUUUAGCGAACCAAAAUUUAGGGGAUAAAUCUGAAAACAACCUUAGUUGAGAGUCCUAUUUUUAUAGGUUUUCUUAUUGUUUUGGAUUGGUUUAAUGCCAUAAAUAUAGAUGGAAAAUGAUGAUGUAUUUCUUUAUCUCAGAGCUGUACGAAAUAUUAGAGGGAAGAUUAUUUA